AAACCCUCCUCUUUCGUCCACACUUUCCCCAGACAGCUUGAAUAGCUUUGGGACUGUGCUGCAAUCCCAUAGAUAUCAUGAAAAGCAGAAGGAAUGGUACCUUGGAGAGCUCAAAAAGCCUUUACUCCAGUAUCUCUCGUAGCACAGAUCUGUCAUACAGUGAAAGUGAUUUGGUCCACUAUAUUCAAGAGAACUUUAAGAAGAGAGAGUGUGUCUUUUUCACUAAAGAUGCCAAGUCAAUUGACAACCUGUGCAAAUGUGGGUACUCCAAAUCUCAACAUAUAGAAGGGACUCAGGUGAACAACAAUGAAAAAUGGAAUUAUAAGAAGCACACAAAGGAAUUUCCCACAGAUGCUUUUGGAGACAUUGAAUUUGAAAACUUAGGCAAGACAGGGAAGUAUAUCCGCCUCUCAAGUGACACUGAUUCUGAAACACUCUACAAUCUUAUGACCCAGCACUGGCAACUGAAAACACCCAACCUCAUCAUUUCUGUCACAGGUGGAGCCAAAAACUUUGCUUUAAAGCCACAUAUGCGUAAGAUUGUCAGCAGGCUCAUCUACAUUGCACAGUCUAAAGGGGCCUGGAUAUUCACUGGAGGAACUCAUUACGGAUUGAUGAAGUACAUUGGGGAAGUUGUAAGAGAUAACACUAUCAGCAGGAGUUCUGAAGAGAAUGUGGUUGCCAUUGGCAUCGCUGCUUGGGGAAUGGUUUCUAACCGCGAGAGUUUGAUCCGAAACUGUGAUGCUGAGACAUAUUACUCAGCACAUUACAUCAUGGAUGACCUCAAGAGGGACCCACUGUAUUGUCUGGAUAAUAACCAUACACAUCUAAUUCUGGUUGAUAAUGGCACACAUGGAUACCCAGCUACAGAAGCCAAGCUUCGAACCCAGUUAGAAAAAUAUGUAUCAGAACGCAUUAUUCCAGAUUCUAAUUACGGAGGGAAGAUUCCAAUUGUGUGUUUUGUCCAGGGAGGAGGGAAAGAAACUUUGAAAGCAAUUAACACUGCAGUGAAGAGCAAAAUUCCCUGUGUGGUGGUGGAAGGUUCAGGACAGAUUGCUGAUGUGAUCGCCAGUUUAGCAGAUGCAGAAGGCACGCUCACCUCCUCCUCUGUCAAAGAAAGAUUGCUCCGAUAUCUGCCACGCACUCUUUCUAGGCUCACUGAAGACGAGAUUGAAAGUUGGAUCAAAUGGAUCAAAGAAGUACUUGAAAAUCCUCACCUUCUAACUGUGAUUAAAAUAGAAGAAGCUGGAGAUGAAAUUGUGAGCAAUGCCAUAUCCUAUGCUCUUUAUAAAGCUUUCAGUACAAAUGAACAAGAUAAAGACAACUGGAAUGGGCAAUUAAAAUUGCUUUUGGAAUGGAACCAGUUGGAUCUGGCAAGUGAGGAGAUUUUUACAAAUGAUCGACGUUGGGAGUCUGCUGACCUUCAGGAUGUCAUGUUUACAGCCCUGGUGAAAGAUAGACCCAAAUUUGUUCGUCUCUUUCUGGAAAAUGGCUUGAAUUUACGAAAGUUUCUCAGUAAUGAUGUUUUAACUGAGCUUUAUACCAACAACUUCAGUAGCCUGGUGUUUAAGAAUCUACAGAUUGCGAAGAACUCAUACAAUGAUGCCCUCCUUACAUUUGUAUGGAAAAUGGUGGAGGAUUUUAGGAGAGGUGUCAAAAAAGAGGACAAAAAUGGAAAAGAUGAUAUAGAGCUACAACUGCUGGAUGUUUCUCUUAUUACAAGGCACCCCUUGCAGGCCCUCUUUAUUUGGGCAGUUCUUCAAAACAAAAAAGAGCUAUCCAAAGUUAUUUGGGAACAGACAAGAGGCUGCACGUUGGCAGCAUUAGGGGCAAGCAAACUCCUGAAAAGCUUGGCUAAGGUUAAGAAUGAUAUUAAUGCUGCCGGGGAAUCGGAGGAGCUGGCCAAUGAAUAUGAGACAAGAGCUGUGGAGCUGUUCACCGAAUGUUACAGCAGUGAUGAAGAACUGGCCGAACAGCUCCUUAUAUAUUCCUGUGAGGCUUGGGGUGGAAGCAACUGUCUGGAGCUUGCGGUGGAAGCCAAGGACCAACAGUUCAUUGCUCAGCCAGGAGUCCAGAAUUUUCUUUCCAAACAAUGGUAUGGGGAAAUUUCUAGAGACACCAAGAACUGGAAGAUCAUCCUGUGCCUGUUCCUAUUCCCAUUGAUAGGUUGUGGAUUCAUCUCCUUCAGGAAGAAGCCAAUUGAACGGAGCAAAAAACUGUUGUUCUACUAUGCCUGGUUCUUCACAUCACCCUUUGUUGUCUUCUCUUGGACAGUCAUCUUCUACAUUGCCUUCCUCUUAUUGUUUGCCUAUGUGUUACUCAUGGAUUUCCAGAAGUCACCCACCGUGCUGGAAUUGAUCCUUUAUGUGCUGGUCUUCAUCCUGCUUUGUGAUGAAUGGUAUAUGAAUGGUAGUAAAUACUUCUCAGACAUGUGGAAUGUUAUGGACAGCCUUGGAAUUUUUUACUUUUUGGCAGGAAUAAUAUUUAGGCUCCACUCUUCAAAUGAAACCUCUUGGUAUUCCGGCAGGGUAAUUUUCUGCCUUGAUUACAUUAUUUUUACUCUCAGGCUGAUCCAUAUUUUCACAGUAAGCAGGAACCUUGGCCCCAAAAUUAUCAUGCUUCAGAGGAUGCUGAUAGAUGUCUUCUUCUUUCUCUUCCUUUUUGCGGUGUGGAUGGUGGCCUUCGGUGUAGCCAGGCAGGGGAUAUUGAGGAAAAAUGAACAGCGCUGGGAAUGGAUUUUCCGAUCAGUCAUCUAUGAACCUUACCUUGCUAUGUUUGGUCACUAUCCGACUGACAUUGAUGGUAUCCAUUUUGAUUUGCAAAUCCCCAGGAACAAUUGUUCAAGAAAUGAGGAUAAUGAAACUCUGGCAUGGGAAGCUGUCAUGAAAGAAAAUUAUCUCGUCAAAAUCAAUAUGAAAGCUAAUGACUCAUCAGAAGAAAUAGCCCAGCAGUUUCGACAACUGGAUAUCAAGCAUGUGGAUGCAGUGGAAGGAGAGGGGCCAAGGCAGAGACAUGCAAUUGCCAAGAGCUCUCCAGAGAACUCUUGGCAGCCACGUGUUUCCUUCUCCUCUCAGCCUGUGGAUGCCAUGGACCAUCGCAUCCACAGGCUGAGAGGAGAGCCAGGGGAAAGAUGUGUGGUUGCCGAGAGCUCUUUCUGUUGCACACCAGGGCUGGCGUGGACACCUUUGAACCCGUAA